CGUACGGCGGCGGCCAGGGGUCGCGAGCCGGUGGAAGACCCGCGCGCGCGGAGCAGCCCGGGGAGUCGGCGCUUCUUUCCCUCCCUCCCCCCACUCCCCUCCCCACUCCCUUCCCCCCUCCCCAAGAAUGUUCCGCUACGAGUCUUUGGAGGAUUGUCCUCUGGAUGAAGAUGAAGAUGCAUUUCAGGGCCUGGGAGAAGAAGAUGAAGAAAUUGAUCAAUUCAAUGAUGAUACAUUUGGGUCAGGUGCAGUUGAUGAUGACUGGCAGGAAGCACAUGAGCGCCUGGCUGAACUGGAAGAGAAGCUUCCUGUGGCAGCUGAUGAACAAACAGGCAAUGGAGAGAGGGAUGAGAUGGACUUGUUGGGUGACCAUGAGGAGAAUCUAGCAGAAAGGCUCAGUAAGAUGGUGAUUGAAAAUGAGCUAGAAGAUCCUGCUAUCAUGAGGGCAGUGCAGACCAGGCCGGUUUUACAACCUCAACCCGGAAGUCUGAAUUCUAGCUUCUGGGAUGGGUCUGAAGUGCUGAGGCGAAUCCGUGGACCACUGCUUGUUCAGGAAAUGCCUACGGUGUCUGUAUUAGAAUAUGCCUUGCCUCAGAGGCCUCCACAGGGCCCCGAAGAUGAUCGGGACCUUUCUGAACGAGCUUUACCAAGGCGAUCAACAUCACCUAUCAUUGGAAGUCCUCCUGUUAGAGCUGUUCCUAUAGGCACCCCACCUAAGCAGAUGGCUGUUCCCAGCUUCAACCAACAGAUUCUGUGUCCAAAGCCUGUUCAUGUUCGGCCCCCACUGCCACCACGUUAUCCUGCUCCCUAUGGUGAGAGGAUGUCUCCAAACCAGCUCUGCAGUGUCCCGAACUCCUCCCUGCUGGGCCACCCUUUUCCUCCUAGUGUUCCUCCUGUCCUCAGUCCUCUGCAGAGAGCACAGCUUCUGGGAGGAGCACAGCUACAGCCUGGACGGAUGUCUCCCAGCCAGUUUGCACGGGUCCCUGGAUUUGUUGGUAGCCCACUGGCUGCCAUGAAUCCUAAGUUGCUACAAGGACGCGUUGGGCAGAUGCUUCCCCCAGCACCAGGCUUCCGUGCCUUCUUUAGUGCUCCGCCCCCCGCUACACCACCUCCACAGCAUCCUCCUCCUGGCCCGGGACCUCACCUGCAAAACCUAAGACCUCAGGCCCCAAUGUUUAGACCAGACACAACUCACCUUCACCCACAGCAUCGGCGUCUGUUGCAUCAGAGGCAGCAGCAGAGCAGAAAUCAGCAUCGUAAUCUCAAUGGUGCCGGAGACAGAGGAAAUCACCGGGCCAGUCAUCAAGAUCAUCUCCGGAAGGAUCCAUACGCUAAUCUCAUGUUACAGCGGGAAAAGGAUUGGGUCUCUAAAAUCCAGAUGAUGCAGCUACAGAGCACUGAUCCCUAUCUGGAUGAUUUCUAUUACCAGAAUUACUUUGAAAAACUGGAGAAAUUAUCAGCUGCUGAAGAAAUACAAGGUGAUGGCACUAAGAAGGAGCGUACCAAGCUCAUCACCCCCCAGGUGGCCAAACUGGAGCAUGCAUAUAAGCCUGUGCAGUUUGAGGGCUCUUUGGGGAAGCUUACUGUCUCUAGUGUGAAUAAUCCUCGAAAGAUGAUCGAUGCUGUUGUGACAUCUCGGAGUGAGGAUGAUGAAACAAAAGAAAAACAAGUUCGGGACAAGAGAAGAAAAACCCUUGUCAUAAUUGAGAAAACCUAUAGUUUACUCCUUGAUGUGGAGGAUUAUGAAAGGCGCUAUCUCCUAAGUUUAGAAGAAGAGCGGCCUGCCCUGAUGGAUGAAAGAAAGCACAAAAUCUGUAACAUGUAUGACAACCUAAGGGGCAAAUUGCCUGGACAAGAGAGGCCAAGUGAUGACCACUUUGUACAGAUCAUGUGUAUUCGAAAAGGGAAGAGAAUGGUGGCCCGCAUUCUCCCUUUCCUCUCCACAGAGCAAGCAGCUGACAUUCUCAUGGCAACUGCCAGGAACCUCCCUUUCCUUAUCAAGAAGGACGCACAAGAUGAGGUGCUGCCAUGCUUACUGAGUCCCUUCUCUCUCCUCCUCUAUCAUCUUCCUUCAGUGACUGUCACCAGCCUUCUGCAACAGCUAAUGAACCUACCUCAAAGUGUACCUGCACCAGCACUCUGCAGUCCUCACCUCACUGCUGUGCUCCAGAACAAGUUUGGCUUGUCACUGUUCCUAAUCCUCCUAAGCCGUGGGGAAGACCUCCAGAGCUCUGCUAUGGAAUCAACGCAAAAUAACCAAUGGACAGAGGUGAUGUUCAUGGCAACCCGAGAACUUCUACGGAUCCCCCAAGCAGCCCUGGCAAAGCCAAUCUCUAUACCCACAAAUCUAGUGUCCCUUUUUUCUCGCUAUGUUGACGACCGACAGAAACUGAACUUGCUGGAGACAAAACUGCAGCUGGUUCAAGGGAUACGAUAAAAGAUGUCCAGUGUGUCCUGUACCUCCUUUUGGCUGCCACCUGCACUGCUGCCAUCACCAAUGGAGUGUUUUUAAUGAGGGAGGGGAGGUAGCUUAUGACCCAAAGCAAAGUCUUGUGGGAUUGAUUCCUGUUUUCAGAGGUUAGCUCUGAAUGCCAGGUAUCUCCCACUGCUCUGAUACUUCUGCUGGGUAAUACUUCUGCUGGUUUCUUUUACCUUCUGUGUUACACUUUUGCAUGUCCUACUUUUGCUCAACUCCUCUCAAUUUUGCUUUUUCUUUGCCCUAGAGACACAAAAAUAACGUCCCUUUAUCCCAUCACCACUAUUACAAUUCAAAGUAGGUUGUAGUUGACCAAAGGGCUCCUCCCCCCUUUGAAGUCUCUUUUUCAUCUUCCCUUAUUAAUAUGACUAUAGGAGAGCCAAAAUUAAGUAGAAGUCAAGAUAUAGGUAAAUAUACACACACCCUAUACAUACAUUCAUGUGGUUUCCAGAGGGUCCUUAAAGAGUUUUAGUUUGAAAAAUAUUUAGUUGACAUAUACCUCUAAAAAUAAACCAGCUGAUACAUUUUUAGUCUGUUUCUGUUCCAUCUUGUAAUUUGGUGGGUUCUACUUUUUUAAUAUAUAAAUACAGGGUACACAGCACAUUACAUUAAAUCAAACUUGUUAAUUGGCUGAUGCCCAGCUCUAGGCUGAAAGGACUUUUCUUUCUCCCUACCUGUAUU